AUGAAGCGUGAAGACGUACCGAAAUCUCCCCAAGGCGAUUCGAUUCCGGCUUCUCCGCUGAUGGAAUUCUGCGAGGAGUUCUCGCAGUCGUUCGAAUUCAAGGCGGAGACAGUCUCCGAUGAGUCAUCGCCGGCGGCGGCGGUCGGUGGAGUUCGUCCUCCUUCUCUUCCUCAGCCGCUGGCGAUUCUUCACGAGACGCCCAUCCCGCCGUUUCUGUCGAAGACGUUCGACCUGGUGGACGACCGAGCUCUGGACGCCGUGAUCUCGUGGGGAGCCGACGGGGUGAGCUUCGUGGUUUGGGAUCCGAUCGAAUUCUCCAGAACCGUGCUUCCUCGCAACUUCAAGCACAACAAUUUCUCCAGUUUUGUUCGCCAGCUCAAUACUUAUGGAUUCCGCAAGAUAGAUGCUGACAAAUGGGAGUUCGCAAACGAAGGCUUUCAACAAGGUCAAAGGCACCUUCUUCGAAACAUCCAGCGGCGGAAGUCACCACAAUCGUCAUCAUCUCAGCAAAGCAGUGGCCAUGUUGUUGGGUCCUCUGGGGAAGCAGCUGGGAAGUCUGGGCUGGAGAGUGAGGUGGAGAUGCUGAGGAAGGAGAGAGGAGCAAUGAUGCAGGAAGUUGUAGAACUUCAGCAGCAGCAAAGAGGAUCUAUUCAGCAUAUGGAGACCGUCAACAAGAGGAUUAAUGUAGCUGAGCAGAGACAAAAACAGAUGCUUUCCUUCCUGGCAAAGCUGUUCAGAAAUCCAGGAUUCCUCGACAGACUGAAGGAAAGCAAGGAGGAACGACAACGAGGCAUCAUAGGAGAAGGAUCAAAGAGGAAGAAGAAGUUCCUUAGACAAAGUCAAGGUGAAGCGAGUGGAAGUUCUACACCUAUUCAAGGGAAGAUGAUAAAGCACAAGUCUGAGUUGUUUCCUAUGGAGGAUGAGCUAUCACCCGACAUAAUCUUGCAAAACAUGGCAGAAGGAGGUGCAGACAGAGAAGGUUUUCCAUUUGAACUCAGCUCUUUCGUAUCAACAGAUGAUUUGGCUGCUGCAGGGCAAGAUUUCAUAAGCCCCACAGAGGAGAUUGAGGAUCCAUGUUAUAAAGGGAAGAAUGUGGUGAUGGAUCCACAGCAAGAACUAGGUCCUGAAUAUUUUGUCUCCUACCCUGACGAUUUGGAAUUGGGAGUGCAGCAGGAGGACUUGACACUUCCUGCAGUCUCAAGUCCAGGUUUCGAAAGCAUGGUCAAACAAGAGGUUGAUGUAUGGAGCAUGGGAUUCGACACUCAUCCGAUCAUGGCUAACAGUACAGGGAACGAGCUGUGGGAGUUUGGAGUUACAGGUGGGUUCUCUGACAUCUGGGAUUUAGGAUCUACACAAGCAGCAGAAGGAAGUUCAAGUGUCGACAAGCAGCUGCAGGCUGAUGGGAGCUUAUUACUCGAUGAGCCUGAAUCUGAUAUUCGUGCUGCCCAGCCGGAGGAUGCUGGUAGUUAA